GGGAUAGUGCUUUCUGUCUCUGUCAUUUGCGGUUUAAGAAAAGGGGGUGGUGUUCUGCAUUUGAAAGGACUUUAAUGAAUGCUGUCAGUGUUUGUGAGACCUAAUGGUCAGUGUGGGAAAGGAAAGCCGGGAAAGUGGUCUAGCUGCUUCAGGAUAGGUGGAGGAGAGUUUUCUCUGAUUGAACGGAAUGUUCCACUGUGUUUCUUUCAUCUUUAUUCAUUAUCCUUUGUUCUUUAAAAUCUGAUAUAUUGGCAUAAAAGUAAAUGUAGAGAUAUAUAUGAAUGUGAUUUAUUUUCCUUUAAAUCUUUUUGUUGUGUACAGCAGGGCAUAUACCUCUCUUGUCUUGGUUGGAUGCACAAAUCUGUGUGCAGUGCUUUUUGCCCGUUGCCUAGACGAUCACUUGGUUUCUCUGAGGAUGUCUGGUUCUCGUAAAGAGUUUGAUGUGAAACAGAUUUUGAAAAUCAGAUGGAGGUGGUUUGGCCAUCAAGCAUCAUCUCCUAAUUCUACAGCUGACAGCCAGCAGGGAGAAUUUUGGAAUCGAGGACAGACUGGAGCAAACGGUGGGAGAAAGUUUUUAGAUCCAUGUAGCCUACAAUUGCCUUUGGCUUCAAUUGGUUACCGAAGGUCCAGCCAACUGGAUUUUCAGAGUUCACCUUCUUGGCCAAUGGCAUCCACCUCUGAAGUCCCUGCAUUUGAGUUUACAGCAGAAGACUGUGGCGGUGCACAUUGGCUGGAUAGACCAGAAGUGGACGAUGGCACUAGUGAAGAAGAAAAUGAAUCUGAUUCCAGUUCAUGCAGGACUUCCAAUAGUAGCCAGACAUUAUCAUCCUGCCAUACUAUGGAGCCAUGUUCAUCAGAUGAAUUUUUCCAAGCCCUUAAUCAUGCCGAGCAAACAUUUAAAAAAAUGGAAAACUAUUUGAGACAUAAACAGUUGUGUGAUGUAAUUUUAGUUGCUGGUGAUCGCAGAAUUCCAGCUCACAGAUUGGUGCUCUCGUCUGUGUCAGAUUAUUUUGCUGCCAUGUUUACUAAUGAUGUCAGAGAAGCAAGACAAGAAGAAAUAAAAAUGGAAGGUGUAGAACCGAAUUCAUUAUGGUCCUUGAUUCAGUAUGCGUAUACAGGCCGCCUUGAAUUAAAAGAAGAUAAUAUUGAGUGCCUGUUAUCUACAGCUUGCCUUCUUCAGCUUUCGCAGGUUGUAGAAGCAUGCUGUAAGUUUUUGAUGAAACAGCUUCACCCAUCCAACUGUCUGGGAAUCCGUUCUUUUGCUGACGCCCAAGGUUGUACAGAUUUGCAUAAAGUGGCUCACAAUUACACUAUGGAGCAUUUUAUGGAAGUAAUCAGAAACCAGGAAUUUGUAUUAUUACCAGCCAGCGAAAUUGCAAAGCUCUUGGCCAGUGAUGACAUGAACAUUCCUAAUGAGGAGACAAUAUUGAAUGCACUUCUUACUUGGGUCCGUCACGAUUUGGAACAGAGACGGAAAGAUCUCAGUAAACUUUUGGCUUAUAUUAGGCUACCUCUUCUUGCACCACAGUUCCUGGCAGACAUGGAAAAUAAUGCACUUUUUCGGGAUGAUAUAGAGUGUCAGAAACUCAUUAUGGAAGCAAUGAAGUAUCAUUUAUUACCAGAGAGACGACCCAUGUUACAAAGUCCUCGGACAAAACCUAGGAAGUCAACUGUUGGCACAUUAUUUGCAGUUGGAGGAAUGGAUUCAACAAAAGGAGCAACAAGCAUUGAAAAGUAUGAUCUCCGUACAAAUAUGUGGACUCCUGUAGCGAAUAUGAAUGGGAGGAGGCUACAGUUCGGUGUUGCAGUGUUAGAAGACAAACUGUAUGUGGUGGGAGGAAGAGAUGGGCUGAAGACUUUGAAUACUGUAGAGUGCUACAACCCCAAAACAAAAACUUGGAGUGUGAUGCCACCGAUGUCCACACAUAGGCAUGGCCUUGGUGUGGCUGUACUGGAAGGUCCCAUGUAUGCCGUCGGGGGACAUGAUGGCUGGAGCUAUCUGAAUACAGUAGAAAGAUGGGACCCUCAGGCUCGCCAGUGGAAUUUUGUCGCCACUAUGUCCACCCCCAGGAGCACAGUAGGUGUGGCAGUACUGAGUGGAAAGCUCUAUGCAGUUGGUGGUCGUGAUGGAAGUUCUUGUCUCAAAUCAGUAGAAUGUUUUGAUCCUCAUACUAAUAAAUGGACACUGUGUGCACAGAUGUCAAAAAGGAGAGGUGGUGUCGGAGUAACAACCUGGAAUGGCUUGCUGUAUGCUAUCGGAGGACAUGAUGCUCCCGCGUCCAACUUGACUUCCAGACUGUCAGACUGUGUGGAGAGAUAUGAUCCCAAAACAGACAUGUGGACUGCAGUAGCGUCUAUGAGCAUCAGCCGAGAUGCAGUGGGGGUCUGUUUACUUGGUGACAAAUUGUAUGCGGUUGGGGGUUAUGAUGGUCAGACCUACCUGAAUACAGUGGAGGCUUAUGAUCCCCAGACAAAUGAGUGGACCCAGGUUGCUCCACUGUGCCUAGGAAGAGCUGGGGCUUGUGUUGUGACUGUAAAAUUAUAAUUCAUGCUUUGUUUUCUAAAUGAAGAUAUCCUCUUCCUUUAUUAAUUUAGUACAAUUAUUCUACUAUCAGUGGAUACACUUUUAGUACAUGUACAAUGCCACAUUCCUGGGCACAAAGUGCCUGAUCUCAAAGUGAAGGUUGUCAAAACUAGGGAGAAAGAAGUGGAUGGACCAGGAUUAAAUACUUUCAUUUCUUAGUAAAUUAACACUACAGCUGGUGGAUUGGGACAUACCGUACGUCCCUGAUAUAAAAUCUGAGGACAAAUGCACUGCUCUGAAACAUUACCCAGUGCUAACUGGGGACUUCGUUUAUUCAUAGUCAAGCACCUUUUACUCACAUUAUCCUGAUUUAUUUUAUUACAGUGAAAACACACCAGAUAAAACUUGUAAAAUGUUGCUUUGUAAGUUUAUCAUACAUGAAUUGCAGUAAUUUUUGUUUGUUUGCUUGUUUGUUUAACGACAACCACUAUUUUAAUGACAUACUAAAGACUGUACUAUUUAGUUUUUUCAGAAACAGCUACAUUAUAUGUGCUUUGGUUGUGGAUUUUGUUUCUAAAAUUGACUUAGUCCAAUGAAUAAAGAAAAACAUUAAAGUUAAAAACAACAAUAACCAAAUAAAAACUUGAUAUGCUCUUUAGGGUCUAUUUAAGUAUUCAUUCCAUUACACCUAGAUUCACCAAGAACUAUGUCAUGAUAUUCUAAAAUUGAAAUUGACACAUGGUAUCUUGCAUUAAAUUUAAGAUAUGCAAAUUUGUGUAGAGAAAAUAAAUGUUAUAUACCCUAUAAUGUUCUUUCACCUAAUUAGUAUUGUAUGGAUUUGUUUUAUAUUAUAAAAGAUGUUUUGAUUUUGUCUUUUGAUAUUGACAAAAUUGUUCGGAUUUUCUUACAGUCUCAAGUUUAUAUUUGCCUCCCCUGCCUGGUUUCUUAGGUUUUGCCACAGUUAAUAACCCGUUGUGCUUCUUUGUAAUCAGCUUUGGGGGAAUGGGCUUAUUGAAUGUUUGAAAAAUAAGUUUAAAGUGUUUGUUACCCAAAGUUUUGUACAUUUGUAAACUCUCAUUACAUAUGUGAAUGUUAAUACUCUCAGCGAAUUAUUACUGUUUGCAAAAAUACGCUGGGCAGUAACAUUUUGUGAUAAAUCCUACAAGGUAAAAGUC